AUGCUGAAGGCCAAGAUCCUCUUCGUGGGGCCCUGCGAGAGUGGAAAAACUGUUUUGGCCAACUUCCUGACAGAAUCUUCUGACAUCACCGAAUACAGCCCAACCCAAGGAGUGAGGAUCCUGGAAUUUGAGAACCCACACGUUACCAGCAACGACAAAAGUGCGGGGUGUGAAUUUGAGCUCUGGGACUGUGGUGGCGAUCCAAAGUUCGAGUCUUGCUGGCCAGCCCUGAUGAAGGACUCUCACGGGGUGGUGGUUGUCUUCAAUGCUGACAUCCCAGGCCACCUGAAGGAAAUUGAGAUGUGGUAUUCCUGCUUCGUCCAGCAGCAGUUUUUACAGGACACUCAAUGUCUGUUAAUUGCACACCACAAACCAGGCUCUGGAAGUGACAAAGGAAACCUGGCUUUGGCGCCACCCUUGAACAAGCUGAAGCUGGUGCACUCAGAUCUUGAGGAUGACCCAGAAGAUAUCAGAAUGGAGUUCAUAAAGUAUUUAAGAAGCAUAAUCAACUCAGUGUCUGAGAGCAGAGACCGGGAGGAGAUGUCAAUUAUCACCUAA